GCAGGCCCUAUCUGGUUAUUUAUCGGCUAGGCCAGUCAAGUAACAGCCAGGUGGCAACCCUAACCAUGCCCCCUCUAUGCGGUUAUGCCCUGUUCUGAUCACACCUAGAGCCACACAAGGUUGAUGAUUAGUCAAUCUCUCCAUCUGUUUUUCCUCGACAGUGGAAAAAAUCUGAUAUGCUCCCAUCUGCUCCUUUUUACAAGUGCACUAAUAGUCACAACAUGUGCUGGUGUGCAGACACCCAAGAGCGUACUUAGGUGUUAAAAUAUUUUUUGUUUUAUGCUGAAAUCCACUGAGUACAUGGGAAAAUCCUCAUGAAAAAUCAGGAUGCAGGCUAGGUCAGAAACAGUUAAUCAGUUAGAGGAAGUGAACUAAGAGGAGUUGAGUGAGCUAGACUGAAAGCUGAGCACACACAAGAGGCUGAUAUCUCUCAGAAUCAGGGAGCUCUGCAGAAAGCAGACACGGAUCUGGCAGUCAUUAUAACAGGACACAGAAACCGAGGCAAAAGAGGCAAGGAAGGAGCAGAGAAAGAGACUGAAAACAACAGAAGUGGGAGGAUGUUAUGCUGCCGCAAAGGGUGAAACCGGAACUCUCAGCACAGUUGGCAAAUAUGAAAGUAUACAAGGAAGUGAUUAGAGAUGACAUUGUUCCCCUCUCAGCAAGACAUCAUGACAAAAAUACAUCUGAGCCAAUAAGCUUCUUUCUCUCUAACCUGGAGGAGCUCUUUUCCUGGAAACCAACCAAUCAGGAUGCAUUUAAUGUUGCUGUUGUACCCAUUGCCAAACGACAUCCACCAAUUGAAAGUCAGAGGCCUAAAACUCUAGUUUGCCAUGAUAUGAUGGGAGGUUACCAAGAUGACAGAUUUAUUCAAGGUUCAGGUGCUCAGCAGCCAUAUAUCUUUUACCACUGGCAGCAUAUUGAUAUCUUUGUGUACUUCAGUCAUCGUAUGUUUAGUCUUCCGCCUGUCUGUUGGACCAAUGCAGCUCACAAAAAUGGGGUGUGCGUCUUGGGUACCUUUAUCACAGAAUGGGAGGAUGGAGCGAAGACAUGCGAGUCUUUUUUGGCAGGUGAAGAAUCUACAUAUCAUGCAGUUGCAGAUCAGAUGGUUCGACUAGCAGAGUACUAUAAGUUUGAUGGAUGGUUUAUUAACAUUGAAAAUGUGCUGAGUCCUGUUGCAGUGUCCAAUCUGCCACUGUUCCUGAGCUACCUGAAAGAGCAACUGCAUGAGCGUAUCCCUGGGGGAAUGGUCUUGUGGUAUGAUAGCGUAAUCCAUGAGGGUGAGCUGAAGUGGCAAAAUGAACUCAAUGACAAAAACAGGAACUUUUUUGAUUCCUGUGAUGGAAUAUUUACAAACUACAACUGGAUGGAGGAUCAUUUGCAACGUAUGGAAGAGGACCCUCGACGGACAGACAUAUACGUUGGAGUGGAUAUAUUUGCACGCGGGGAGGUUGUGGGAGGAAAGUUUGAUACUGUUAAGUCACUGCAAAUGAUACGACAGUAUGGCCUCUCAGCAGCCCUUUUUGCUCCUGGCUGGGUGUAUGAGUGUUUGGAAAAGGAGCAAUUUCUUCAGAACCAAGACAAGUUCUGGUCACUUCUGGAUAGUCAGCUUCUCAUUCAUAGUCUCUGCACCCUGCCCAUAUGCUCCUCUUUUUGUCUUGGCUAUGGAAAGAAAAGAUAUUCCUUUGGUGAGGGAGAAGAUUCUGGUCCAUGGUUUAAUCUGAGUGCUCAAGAAGUACAGCCAAUAUUUUCAGAGAUACAACCCAAAGCUGGGGAGGGUGGCAGGGUGAAAUCUCUGAUCUGCCAGGAGGAUGCUUGGCAUGGAGGUGGUUCCCUAGUUAUUGAGGCAUCCUUGCCAUCUGGAAUUGAGGGAGUCACAAUAAGGUUGUUUUCUCUGCAUGUACCUGCCCCACCUAAGCUCCUACUUGCCUUGGUUUAUAAAAUGGAGAACUCCUCAAAUGUUGCAGUGUCACUGGAGCUCAGCACUCAAGAUGCCAAGUCCUGUAAUGUGAAUAAAGUGGAUAGUAUCACUCCCCUGUCUGUUGAGAGCACUGUGCACCCUCUACAACCACUAGCAAAGCCUCCAUUGCCUGUAACAGACACGCAGCUAAAUCCUAAACAUGGCUGGGAGCAAAGGUAUUAUGUUGUCCAUCUGAGUGACUGCUACUUGAACAGCUUGUCUAUGCGAUUUUCCCAACUGACGCCCAAAGAGCAAGAGGAAACAUUUACUUGUCGCAUAGGAGAGAUCAGGAUCUUGGAUUUCUCUCAUCCUCCUCUAUUACCGGCUCAGCCCACUGACCUUUCACUUUCUCAUGUACGCUGGCUCCAUAAUGAAGAGGCCAACCAGCUCUUUGUCAGCCUUACUUUGCACUGGUCUCACUCAAUGGAAAAUAUUCGCCAUUUCCGAGUAUUCUGCCGUGGUGUGACAUGCCGCCUUCCUCCACCUUCUCGUCCUCAUUUACUUGGGUUGGCACACGCAUGUAUGUACCGAGUUGUGGACCUAGAAGUACCAGAUCCUUGCCCCUCUUCUCAUGGACAGAUAGAAUUUGCUAUUCAGCCUGUCAGCAACAAAGGAUAUGAACCUGUGCCACCUUUGUGGGGACAACUAGUUCUGGACUAUGUGAAAGAAACACAAACUGAGGUGUGAUUGUAUACUUACAAUGGCACUGGGUAACAUUUUGUUAUAACUGGGUAACUAUUUGUUAUAUCUGGGUAACUAUUUGUUAUAUCUGGACAAGUAAGGUCAUGCACCCUAAUUUAUUUUCUCAGUAUAAUACAUUUAAAGGGCUCUGUCUUCUUUAAGCAGGCGUUGAUCAGAUCACUACUAUAGGCCUACUUCACCCUUAAUGGGACUCAUUGGUUUAGUGUAGGGACUCUGAUCAGCACAUAUAAAGCUGGUCACUUGGUUCCACAUGAACAGUAUAUUAAUUAAUUGAAACAUGACUUUCUCACUAAGCUGAAUAAGUUUGCAGACCACUGCCUCUGCAGUAUUUAUAUGUAUCCUAAAAGGGGAACUACCAUUUAUAUAUAUAUAUAUAU